AUGGACGACGGCACAAGCAGCGUCUACUCGGCCCCGACGCCUCUGCGGCCCUUCAUGGACGGCGGUGUGCUGUCUACAGAUGCCAGCAGCAACAGAAAGCGGCGCGUGGAGGUGCUGGGCGGCCUCACACCGACUGUAACCCGCGCUCCACCGGGUUCUUUAGGCUCUCCAGCCGUCCGAGCUGCCUCUAACGGGCCAUCAGUGCUCCAAAUGUUCACUGCCGACCACUCCGGGUCCAGGCUAGGCAGCAGCUUCUCAUCGACCUCAUCAGCGUCCACAUUAGCGUCUUCUUGGGGCGUCCGUAGCGCUCGAGACCCGGAACAAGAGCCCGAGCUCAAUAUGAACGGUAAUCUGCCCAAUAAACGCUCGCGAGUGGCGCCCUACGCCCUGCCAGGGCCACAGUUUGAGGCCAUGAAAGAAGACUCGCAGAACCUCCUGGAGGCGAUGAGUAUAUCUCAACAGAACACGCAAGAAUGUACCCAGACACUGGAGGACAGUCCUUCCUUGUGUCUAAUGCGCCUUGUACUGCACCCAGAAGUGGAUAAAGCCGUUACAGCGUUCCAGAAGAACGCUCUGGAGAAGAAAGGACUGUACCGGAUCGAGAUGCAAAUGCUAACCCCACGCGUAACCCUCGGAAGAGAAAGUUACGUUGGGAUAUUUGAUAUGAAAACGUCAGGCGUCGAUCCAGUAAAGCUGAGCAGAACGCACUGCAUAAUAGAGACUGCAUUGGACCCAGAGACCCACCGACACGCCGUGUUUAUCACGGAUAAAAGCACGAAUGGCAUCCGAAUCGACGGUGUGCAAGUACAGAAGAACAAGAAAUACAAAGUAGCAGACGGACAGAAGAUCACGCUGCUGUCUUCACGUCAAGGUAAUGUAUUACUGGGCUACGUCGCUGAAGAUCCACACGUUCGAGGAGCUCAGGAAGGCGGUAAGCUAACGCAAACAGCGAUUCUGGCAGAUUCCCAAGAUAAAUCACAGCAAGGACCGAAUCUACAGGAAUACACACUAGGAGUGCUGUUCUCGGCCCCUCUAGUGGGGAAGGAUAUCCACGGCAAAUAUCAUCCAAUAGCAGAGCUGGAUGUCAAAAGGGAGUACUCGAUUUUACAGAAGAGUCUGGUAGAAGCGUCCAAGUUUGCGAAGCGUCCGGCGGCAAUCAACGACGCAGGUGGUAACAAUGGACCUGGAACGAUGUCCAGGAUAUACCAGUGCCCACGACAGAUCAGUGUGGUGGCCAAGUUCGCCAACACAGACACGUUCCGAGCGAUGGUGACGCUCGGCUGUCGAGCGCUUCAUUUUUCCGGCCAUGGAGAUGAGAAUCACUUGUAUUUUGAAGAUGGGAUGGGUCUAGUGCACCCGAUUCCUCAUAAAGGGCUGCAGGAAUUAUUUUCUGCAGGUGGAGCAGGAGAAUCGACGCUGCGUCUCGUGUUCGUGUCUGCAUGUUCGUCUGCGCCACUGGCCUAUGCGUUCGUAGCGUGUGGCAUCCCUCAUGUCAUUGGAGUACGCACAAACCAGAAGAUCGAAGACUACGCGGCGAUUGAGUUCACACGCGCAUUCUACUUGGCACUUGCAACUGGUAAACCAGUCGGAGCAAGCUUCACAAUUGCUCAGCAAUCAGUUGCGAAGUCUCCAAAUAUCCGAGGACCUAUGGCUGUGGCGGAGAAGUUCAUGCUGCUUCCUGAAGACGGAGACCACUCGGAGAUUAUCUUCCCUCUUGCAGCAGUGGAGUCGUCGAGUACUAUUAAUCUCGAACCGAUGAAGAAGAAACGGUACCCGAAGCUGUGGUUCGAUGACUUACCAGCCAUGUGUCAGGGAUUUUGCAAUCGAUCGGUGGAAGUGUACAAGAUCUGCUUGGCGUUGAUGAUGACGCAGUCUCGUAUCACUCGUCUCGUUACGAUUUGUGGCGAAGAAGGUAUCGGCAAGACAGCGGUAGCUCAUGCGGUGGCGAAUUAUGUAGGCCCACGCAUUACGUCCGAAGGAGGCGUGCGUAUCUUCUCGGUAGCCAAACUAGCUCAAGACGAGAUGGAUGAACAUGUGGGGAUGAUGCGACGUAAUAUCAAUAUCGCGAAUGGAAGAUGUCGCGUACUUACGCGGUUAGAAACGAUGGUAUCUGAUCAUCUAAAGCAACAUAAGGCGCGGAUCGAGUUUAACGGACAGCACAUGCUUAUGGUCAUGGACGGCUGUGACUAUCUGCUACGGAACGACUCUCGACGGGACCGAUUCCGUGUCUUUUUGUCGGAUAUAUUGACAAAUAAUGCGUCUCUAAAGAUUGUGCUAACUGCGCGGACUUCUAUCUGUGCAGACGGUGCUGUCCGUGGACAUGGCGAACGGCUCUACACGCUGUCCAAGUUCGACAUGAAGAGCGCGACGAUGAUGCUAGUGAGUCUCAUGAGCCGGCCGAUUCGUGUUGAGGAACUUAAACACGCACGUGCUGUGAACUCAACUGAUAAACUGGAACUCAUCGCGUCACAUCCGGCACUGCGAGCCACUAUGGGCAUUCCUAAACGCAUUGCCGAUCUUGCAGGUAGGUUGAAUGAAACAACCAUGGAUAAAAUUCAAGUGGACGAGAGAGACGUGGGGCUUUUGAAAUGA